AUAGUUCAGUCUCCGACACAAUGCGCGAUCUUUAAACAAUUUUUUACAACUUUUCUGUUUUUAAUUCAUCAUUCAAGGCAAAAAAAUCAGCAUAAAAUCCAACAUUAUUCGUUCGUUACAUAAAAACCAAGAGAGAUUUCGGACUUUUCUUUCAUUGUUUGUUACUAGAGUGCACUUGUUGAACUUUGAUUUAUUGAACUAUGGGAUAAAAUUUUAAUUUUUGUUGAGAAACCACGAAAAAAAAAACUAAAUGAACAAUGUCAUCAGUAACAGUGCCAGAAAACAAUAAUAAAAAAUCAAUUAGUAGUUUAAGUGUUUGUAACGAGAAACCGUCCUUGUCCUACAACAACAACAACAACAACAAGAGAAACGACGAUGGCUUAGUUCCAUUGCGGCAACAAUCCUCGUCCAUCGCGACAAUUGCAACGGCGCCAGGCGACGUCAGUUUGGAAUACCACACGGAUAACGAGGGCGACGCGGGAUUUCCGAGCACCGACUACGGAAUCCAGUUACGAAAUGUCGAAACGAGCUGUGAUAACAAGCAACAACACAAACGGGCAACAAGUUGCGGAACAGAAUCUGCCUUAUAUUCGGCGGUGCCGACGUACGAUUGGGUCUUUGGCGACAGCGUUACCGCAGUUGGCAAUGGAAAUGGUGUCGCGAAAGACGGCACAGAGACAAAUUGUGAUAGGCAAUUGUGCACGAAGAAGCACAAACGCAGUGGAAGUGCAUUUGCGGCAUUGGGCUAUUAUGGGAGUGGAAAAGUUAAGCCAGCAGCGGGAUAUCACAGACGAACGUUGUCGAACAUAACGACAACGGGAUCCGUGUAUAAUCCCACUGUGGUGAUGGUUGUGAUGAAUAACAGUACGAGCAAUAAGGAGAUCGAUCGACCGAAGAGUUAUACGCGGAUGGUUUUGGAACAUUGCAAGAGCUCAGGUAUCGGCGAGCCAAGCGUGUAUCAUGCACUGGUCGUAAUAUUUUUGGAAUUUUUUGCAUGGGGUCUACUGACGAUGCCCGUUAUAAAUGUUCUCAACAAGACAUUUCCGAGUCACACAUUCCUCAUGAAUGGUCUCGUGAUGGGCAUCAAGGGUAUUUUGUCGUUCUUAAGUGCGCCACUUGUUGGUGCCUUGUCCGAUGUGUGGGGCCGCAAGUUUUUCCUGUUAAUUACAGUUUUCUUCACAUGCGCUCCCAUACCACUCAUGUCAAUCAAUUCAUGGUGGUUCUUUGCAAUGAUCUCAAUCAGUGGCAUCUUGGCUGUGACAUUUAGUGUCGUGUUUGCAUUCGUGUCUGAUGUGACAACGGUGGAGGAGAGGCCGCGAGCUUAUGGGCUCGUUUCGGCGACAUUUGCUGCCAGUUUAGUGAUAUCACCCGCACUCGGCGCAUAUUUGAAUGAAAUUUAUUCAGAGCCAUUAAUUGUAGCUUUAGCAACAGCCAUCGCUGUUUUAGAUGUAUUUUUUAUAUUAGUAGCCGUACCAGAGAGUUUACCAGAGAAAGUAAGGCCGAGCUCGUGGGGAGCGCCGAUCAGUUGGGAACAAGCGGAUCCGUUCUCGGCAUUACGACGCGUCGGCCUAGAUCGGACAAUAUUGAUGCAAUGUGUUACCGUUUUGCUAUCAUACCUGCCUGAAGCCGGACAAUAUUCUUGUAUAUUCGUUUACCUUAAACUCAAAAUGAACUUCACCUCAAUUGAUGUAUCAAUUUUCAUCGCUGUCGUUGGAAUUUUGAGCAUUUUGGCACAGGUUAUCUUGGGUGAUUUAAUGAGGGUACUUGGAGCCAAGAGAACAAUAAUUUUGGGAUUAUUAUUUGAGACGUUGCAACUUUUGUGGUUUGGAUUUGGCAGUCAAACAUGGAUGAUGUGGGCCGCUGGAAUUCUGGCUUCGCUUGGAUCCAUCACGUAUCCCGCUAUCAGUGCAUUUGUCUCAGUUCAUUCGGAUCCCGAUCAACAAGGAGUUGCUCAAGGAAUGGUCACCGGAAUGCGCGGUUUGUGCAACGGCUUGGGUCCCGCGAUGUUUGGCGUCAUUUUCUACUUGUUCCAUGUGGACUUGAAUGUGGAUCAUAGUCUUACGCCGCACUACCCGAGCGAUCAUAUUAUCCUUCCGCCGCCCGGAAAUGCGACGCCGAUUCAUGUGCGUCCCGAGGAAAUUGUGUCGGAAGGUGUUCCCGGACCUCCUUUCGUGUUCGGGGCAUUCCUCGUUGUGAUAGCGAUCAUUGUUGCCAUCAUUUUCUUGCCGGAAGAACCCAUGGACGACCCGAUUCGACGACCAUCUGGACUCUCUCUCUCACUAGACGCCCAACACUUUGGUGUCGACUUCAACAGCGUUGGUCUCGAACGUCAUGGCAGCCAUCACUCGAACAGCAAGAUGGCCGAGGCACUUUCGCCACUCAUCAGUGAUCACUACCAAAGUCACUCGGUUGAAUUGUAAGCACACACGACACAACACACUCUUUGACAAUAUUUGGCGAUUUUCAUCUAAUUUGGUUGUAGCAAAAAAUUACCAUGAAAAAAUUAGUGAUUUAGAGAGUUUUUUAGUUGUUAAAAAAAAACAGUAUAAAAAAUAUAUUUAAUGAAAUUUGCAAAAUAUCGAUGAAAUUCGAUAUUUAUGAGUUACAUAAAAAAAACUACUUGUACAAAAAUGUACCUUCCUAUCGCGUUAAAAAAAAAUUAUUUAUCAGCCUUAGUGAUGAUGAUGAUACAUUUUCCACCUUUUUUAGUUUUAUUUCGUACUUUUAAGCAUUUUUUUUUCGUUUUUGUGUUAAAUAUUUAAGUUACUAACAACAACAGCAGCAACGACUAAACAUCACACGCUUUUAAUUAAGUUUUUAAGUUUUAAUUUUAAGUUUUUUCUUGGAAAAAAAUAAAAAAAAAAAUAUAAAUAACAAGUAGUCGAUGUAAAAGUAGGACAAGUUUUAAAAAUAACGAAGAAUUUAAAAAAAAUUAUAAUCUAACAUCUGUAAUAUUGUUACCUGAUUUCAACUUAGGUUGCUUAUCACCUCAAAAAACUACUCUAAUGAUGUUAAAAUCUAUAAU